AUGGGUUCCGAGCGUCCUUUCACUAGUUCGAAUUGGACUCCGCAGUUUGGCAAUAAAUUCACGAGAGAGCCUACGAGAUCUAGUAGCAUGAUUGUUAAUCGGGAUCUCACAAGGUCGGCUGAACUCAAACGUUUGUCCAGCAUGUCCGGAAAGAAAGACUUUUCGGACUUGCAAAUUCCAACCAUAACGGAAAAUGCGGAAGAUGUCACUGGUUUGAAAGGUCGCAUCAGGCUUCAAAAAACUGGGGAACGUCAAAACUCGCGAAAUUGGGCCGAUCAACAACGAAAAAACAUUCAGGCUUAUGAAUACUUAUGCCACAUUGGAGAAGCAAAAGAGUGGAUAGAAGCAUGUAUCAAUGAGGAGAUUGAUCCGAUCAUUAUACUGGAAGAAAGUCUUAGAAAUGGAAUUGUGCUGGCAAAACUGGCCAGAUCCUUCGAACCUUCUGUUGUCAAAAGAAUAUUCGAGAAUUUGGUGGGAAAAUUGGAAUUUACCGAUGAACAAUUGCACAAGACACAAAAAGGAUUGGAUGCUUCAGGAAUUAUCAUGCCAAGUUUUGCUAAUGUUGGAGUAGCAUUGGCGGCGGAACUUAACGAACCUUUGGAGACAUUAUUCAUACAACCUGAACCUGCAGUGGAACCAGCAAAGGCGGUAAUAGAAGAGUCCGAGGAAGAGAAAAUGAUCAGAUAUUGGUCGGAGAACAAGGAAUCUCUCUUAAAAUGCCAGUCCAUUGCGCGCACUCAUCUUGCAAGAAAAAGGUUAUUAAAACGAAGAGCUGUACACCAAUCAAUUAUACCCUUCAUAAUUAAGUUACAAGCGCAAUCUCGUGGUUGGUUGGUGCGAGCGGAAUGGAAUAGACGUUUGGACCAGAUGGAAAAAUUAGAGAAAUGGAUUGUUCAGCCCGAACAAGGCAUCUCAGUCGAACCGAUCAUUAUCAAAAAAAACAUCGAUAAAGUUAUCAAGAUUCAGAGUUUAUAUCGUGCCAAACUCGCGGGAGAUGCUUACCGAAGUUUGGUAAUGGGGAGCAAUCCGCCAGUGGGAACCAUAAAGAAUUUUAUUCACUUAUUGAACGACAGUGAAUUCGAUUUUGAAGAAGAAAUCGAGUUGGAACGUUUGAGACAAGCAGUCAUUCAGCGUAUUCGUGACAACAACCAAUCAGAGGAUCAUCUAAAUCAACUAGACAUUAAAAUCGCUUUGUUAGUUAAAAAUAAGAUCACCCUGGAUGAGGUUAUUGCUGUGGCCAAUCCAAAGAAACGCAACCGACGGAUUUCCCAACUCAAUUCUCCGACUGGUCAUUUAUCUUUGCAAUCUUUGGACAAGGUAUCGCGUCAUCGACUGGAAUUGUAUCAACAACUCUUUUACCUUUUACAGACACAACCGACCUAUCUCGCAAGACUUUUCUUCAUAAUGAACAAGAUGGGAUUUUCCGAAAAGACAAAGAAGUUGGUUGAGGGAGUGGUUUUAACGUUGUUCGGCUAUGCUCAGAAUGCGAGGGAGGAGUAUUUGUUGCUCAAGUUAUUCCAAAAGAGUAUGAUGGAGGAGUUGGAGAGUAUAGAUUCAUUGCAGGAAUUCUUAAGAGGAAAUUUCAUGUUCAUGAAAUUAGUUGUCCAUUAUAAUCGCGGAGCAAAGGAACGAAAAUUCUUGCGAGAUCUGCUCAGCCCCUUGGUAAAACAUAUUAUGGAUGAUGAAUCGUUGGACCUGGAAACGGAUCCUUUGAGUAUCUAUCGGACAUUGGUCAAUGCGGAAGAGUUAAAAACUGGGCACAGAUCCAGUAGACCAACCGACAUCACGCAAACGGAUGCACUCAAUGAUCCGGAGACAAGAACCGUGUUCAUCCAUCACCUACAAAGACUUCGUAAAGAGACUGAUAUGUUUUUGACGGCCAUAAUAAAUUCAAUUGAUAAGAUGCCUUUCGGAAUACGAUAUAUUGCCAAAGAAUUAAAAAAAUCACUGAUGGCAAAGUUUAGUCAUGAAAGCGAGGAUUCCGUGAUAAAGGUUGUUGGACACUUGAUCUAUUAUCGAUAUCUGAAUCCUGCCAUCGUUGCACCCGAAGGAUUCGAUGUAAUUGAAAAUGUAGUUAGUCCAAUGCAGCGAAAAAGCUUGGCCGAGAUAUCUAAAAUGUUGAAUCAAAUUUCCGUGGGUAAACUGUUUAGCGAGGAUAAUAUGUACUUGCAGCCUUUGAACGAGUAUGUUUCAUAUGCGGCAAAUAGAUUCUCCAAAUUCUUUAAGGAUGUCACCGAUAUUGGGGAAGCGGAAGCAUUUUUUGGCAUCGAUGAGUUUGAUGACCUUGCCAGGACGCACAAUCCGAUCAUAUACAUUUCACCACAAGAGAUAUAUUCUACGCACGAAUUAUUACUGCAACAAUUGGAUCACAUAUCACCUCAGUCGAAUGACGUAAUGAGGCACAUAUUUCAAGACCUCGGAGAGGCUCCUAGUUUCGAGGACGAUUCAGAUGAAAAAGAGAUAUCAUUGACACUCACAAGUCGACUUGCUUUGGAAGCGAUGAGCGAUCCUGAUGCCGAAAUCAAGCACCUGUUCGUUGAAACAAAGCGUACAGUCCUAUCCAUAAUGCGAGUGCAAAAUGGUACGAGUCUGUUGGACAUUCUCUUAAAACCGGUGACCCCGCAAGAUGAGGUUUCCUAUGCAGAAUUAUGUAAAAAAGAUCAUGAAAAGAGAAAGUCCAAUUCGGGAAGUAACGCAAGCAGUGCCAGUGGUAGAAGUGGAGCAAGUGGAUUAAGUGACAUUAGUCACAUGAAAUUCUUGGACGUUAAGAAAUUGACAUUACAAAAUAUACUGAAAUUAGAAAAGGAGGAAAAAGUGACGCGAAAAAAUAAUUAUCAAGAUAUGCUAAACGCGAUUGCUACGGACAUAAGGAAUAAAAAUAGGAGACGAGUUCAAAGGCAAAGGGAGCUGAGGCAGCUGAGGCAGACAUUGAUUAACUUAGAAGAGAAGCGAACACAUUUAGACGAGCAGAUCAAAAUUUACAACGAUCACAUCGAAGUUUGCAUGCAACAGUUGUCCACCAAAAAAGGAAAGAAAAGUCGCCUAGUCUUGCCAUUCACGAGACAAUACUUUCAUCUUCGAGAAUUACAAAAAUCCGGGAAGGUACCACAAUUUGGAUCAUUCAAAUACACGGCCCAACGACUUCACGAAAAAGGAGUAUUGAUCUCGAUCUCAGGCUACCCCACGUUGGACAAGAUCAGUUUCACCAUAUCAUCCGAUGAAGUGGGAAUUUUCACCAUUGACGCAUCCUACGCCGGAGUGCCGGUACCGGGAGCUCAGAUGGAAUUGAGAUUAGAGGAUUUGUUACAAAGCCGAUUUAACAAUGUGCAGGUGAUGAGUAUAUUUGAUGGAGUGGCAAAAGUGAACGUUAACUUGUUGUUGUUUUUAAUCAACAAAAAGUUUUUCGUGUGA